AUGGUGCCCUGAAGGAGAUUGAGGCCCACGAGGUCGUUCCCGGUGAUAUCCUCCAGGUUGAUGAUGGUUCCAUUAUCCCCGCUGACGGUCGCAUCGUCACCGAGGGUGCCUUCCUCCAGGUCGAUCAGUCCGCUCUUACUGGUGAAUCUCUCGCUGUCGACAAGCACCACGGUGAUGAGUGCUUCUCUUCCUCCGCCGUCAAGCGUGGUGAGGCCUUCAUCGUCGUCACUGCCACUGGUGACAACACCUUCGUUGGACGUGCGGCUGCUCUCGUUUCCGCUUCCUCCGGUGGCACUGGUCACUUCACUGAGGUUCUCAACGGCAUUGGUACCAUUCUCCUGAUCCUCGUCGUCGCCACUCUCCUCAUCGUCUGGGUUUCUUCAUUCUACCGUUCCAAUAAAAUUGUCCGCAUUCUGGAGUUCACCCUCGGUAUUACCAUUGUCGGUGUCCCCGUUGGUCUUCCCGCCGUCGUUACCACCACCAUGGCUGUCGGUGCUGCCUACCUCGCCAAGAAGCAAGCUAUCGUCCAGAAGCUCUCCGCCAUUGAGUCCCUCGCUGGUGUUGAGAUUCUCUGCUCUGACAAGACCGGUACCCUGACCAAGAACAAGCUGUCUCUCUCUGAGCCCUUCACUGUCCCCGGUGUUGAGCCCGAUGACCUGAUGCUUACUGCUUGCUUGGCUGCUUCCCGCAAGAAGAAGGGUAUCGAUGCCAUCGACAAGGCUUUCCUCAAGGCCCUCAAGUUCUACCCCCGUGCCAAGAGCGUUCUGUCCAAGUACAAGGUUCUCCAGUUCCACCCCUUCGACCCCGUCUCCAAGAAGGUCCAGGCUGUUGUUGAGUCUCCCCAGGGUGAGCGCAUCAUCUGCGUCAAGGGUGCCCCUCUUUUCGUUCUCAAGACUGUCGAGGAGGACCACCCCAUCCCCGAGCACAUUGAUCAGGCCUACAAGAACUGUGUUGCUGAAUUUGCUACCCGUGGUUUCCGUUCUCUCGGUGUUGCCCGCAAGCGUGGUGAGGGUGCUUGGGAGAUUCUCGGUAUCAUGCCCUGCUCUGACCCCCCUCGUCACGACACUGCCCGCACUAUCAACGAAGCUAAGCGUCUGGGUCUCUCCAUCAAGAUGUUGACUGGUGACGCCGUCGGUAUUGCCCGUGAGACUUCCCGCCAGCUCGGUCUUGGUACCAACGUUUACAACGCUGAGCGUCUCGGUCUCGGUGGUGGUGGUGAUAUGCCCGGUUCCGAGGUUUACGAUUUCGUUGAGGCUGCCGAUGGUUUCGCUGAAGUUUUCCCCCAGCACAAGUACGCCGUCGUUGAGAUUCUCCAGCAGCGUGGUUACCUCGUUGCCAUGACUGGUGACGGUGUCAACGAUGCUCCCUCCCUGAAGAAGGCUGAUACCGGUAUUGCUGUCGAAGGUUCCUCCGACGCUGCCCGUUCCGCUGCCGAUAUUGUCUUCCUUGCCCCCGGUCUCGGUGCUAUCAUUGAUGCCCUCAAGACUUCCCGCCAGAUUUUCCACCGCAUGUACGCCUACGUUGUCUACCGUAUCGCCCUGUCCCUCCACAUGGAAAUCUUCCUCGGUCUUUGGAUUGCCAUCCUCAACCAGAGCUUGAACCUGAACCUCAUCGUCUUCAUUGCCAUCUUCGCCGAUAUUGCCACCCUGGCCAUUGCCUACGAUAACGCUCCUUACUCCCAGACCCCCGUCAAGUGGAACCUUCCUAAGCUCUGGGGUAUGUCCGUUCUCCUCGGUUUUGUCCUGGCCAUUGGUACCUGGAUUGCCCUCACUACCAUGUUCGCUGCCGGUAACAACUACGGUGGUAUCACUGAGAACUACGGUGAUAUCGAUGAGAUUGUCUUCCUCGAGGUCUCUCUUACUGA